CGCUGUCGUUGGCGAUUGCCUAUUUACUUAAUGAGGCAGGGAGAUAGGCAGAAAUUUUCCCAAGGCUACCACCGCUGCUACCUGGAUCCGGUUGAACAUAAAUAUCUCUUCCUCUCUGGCCUUGGACCUCUCCUUCUUCUCCAACCCUCUCCACCUCUUUUCUCAUCUAUCAAAUUAAUAUUUCUCAACUCACAAAAUGAAGCCAAACACUGCCGCCAAGGCUGUAACCAGCGCCGAUCUGGCUUCUUCUUCAGUCACCAAGAGAGAAGUCCUCCAAGACCAACCCCUCUCUGGGCUGCCGGCAGCACAGAUCAGCAUGAAGAAACCCGCGGGUCACGACACUUGGACCAGCCGGUCUGGACGAGUCAUCAAGCCGCCCACGGCUUUCGUUCCGCCACCAGCCCCCAUUGCUUCUGGAAAGCGUAAGGGUGGUUCUCGGAAAAAGGAAGCCAAUGUCACCUGCAAACAUUGCAAUCGAGGCCAUAGCCCGUCCAACAACGCCAUCGUCUUUUGCGAUGGAUGCAAUGACACAUGGCAUCAGAAGUGUCAUGACCCUCCAAUUGACAAGCAAGUCAUCCUAGUGAAGGAUAUGGAGUGGUUCUGUCGAAAGUGCAGGCCCCCACGUCGCCCACCACCGGCAAAGGCUAAGCCCGCCAAAGUCAAGAAGGCCGGUCGAACUGUGCACCCCAGACUGCAGGCAGGACCGCGCCUUGAGGUUGGUGGUAAUCAAUUUACCGCCGAUGAGAGACGUGCAUACUUCUCUUGCCUUUCGCAUGCACAGCUCGUGGAAUUGCUGGUCAACAUCUCCAGCAAGAACCCAUCGGUGCCCAUGUUGCCCGCCAACAUAAAGGAUCUGCCGGCAUCGCAGUUUGUUUUCAAACCAAAGGGCAAUGACGGUUUACAGUCGGAUACUGGCGAUGCACCCGAAGCGAGUUCAAACAAGAGGACUCGCGCGGAGCAAGAUCCAUCCGAUGCCGAUCUCACCACCAAUCCUCGCAAGAGACCUCGCACAACUUCAGCUGCGGCAAUUGCGCCUAUCAAAAACCCUUCACCCCAACCUGAUGCUGAGCCCUCGACUCGCUCACCCGCUUCCACUACUGCCACACCAGACCUCGUUCCCCCAUCCGCUCCCAUUCAAUCCAAAAUUGACCCCAACACCACGAUCUCCCAGCGGCCACAAGGAGAUCGCCCAUCAGUUGUCUCUCGGAACACUACAGUUGAGGACUCGGACACACCAACAUCCGAUGAUGAGUCUUUUGAUACCGUUGAAGACCAUCGCAUGUACCCAAGAACUGGCAGGGGCUUCUCACCUUCUCGUGACCCCGAGGACCUUAAGAUUCUCGACGAGAAUCCCGACUCCAAGACCUUCAGCCACAGUAUGCAUGGCCCAGCAAAGAAGGCACAAGAGAUGGGUGUUCCUCCUCGCGUUUGGGAGAGCUAGAUGAAGAGACCCGUGGGCUUUUCAUCACAAUCUUGUGAUUAUGAACGUCACUCAUGUCUAACCCGUCCUUGUUCCGCUCGAACAUUCUACACAACAUGAUCAUACUACAGACUAUGACGAUACUACAGAAUCUAAAUCAAUUUAACAAGCGAAU